UUUCCACCAUGUGCCACCUCCACACAUGUCGCGGCGUCACACACACAUACUUCUCGCUCCACUGCCCCCUGAGCCAGAGCUCGGCAAGCCAUGGCCAUCCCACCGCAGCACAGCAGGGGCAGCAGAGCUAUCACGACGAAGCCUUUCGCUGCUGUGAGAGAAAGGAAGUCCAGGCUGAACUACACUGUCGCGGCCAAGAACCUGGGCAAGCUGGAGCCCAGGCAGCUCGCCCUCCGACUCCGACAGCUCGCGGCGUGCCUCCUCGUCCUCGUCGCUUGCGCAGGCGCGGCCAAGCUCCUCUCCACGCUGCUCUCGCCACGGGUCCCCUGUAAGUAAUCGAUCAUCAGACCCCCUACAGAUCGAGGCAUCUUAGUUGGGUUUCCUCGGUGCUGGGGAAGGGGAAUAAUCGCGCCGGCGACGAGGCCGAAGGGAUCGAGCCAGGGUCCAGGGCGGCGAGUUCUUGGGACCGCCGUGCUAAUGUGGAUGCAGAUGUACCACAAGGGCAUAGUACCUCUCCGGUUCUUGCAAAAUCCGGCAGUGAUCCAUCAGAAAGUUCACCAGAGUUAGUGUUGCCCGUCGUGGAUCCUGAACUUAGAAGUGACAGUGUCAAGAUUAAGACAUAUCAGAAAAUAAAUUAGGGAAAGAGGGACAAUAUGCAUCCUCCCCAGAGUCCAUUCCCCAUCUUGAAAUGGAUGGCUCUUACAGCAAAUCUCCACAGUCAGCAACAGUUGCAGAGAUUGAAGUUCCAAAGCCUAAGGGUAGUAUCAGUUGUGAUGAUAAGACAAAAGAUGAAGGCUUCCCCUAUGCAAGGCCAAUUGUCUGCAAGAUGUCCGGCGACGUUCGGAUUGCUCCAGGAAGCUCAUCAGUCAUUCUAACUAUGCCGCUGUAUCAAAGCGCGGAAGGGCGACGCGUUAGGCCAUAUGCUCGCCAUGAUGAUUCAUUGCCGCCUCUUGUGAGAGAAGUGGCCAUUAAAACAGUUGCAAAUGGAAGUGACGCUCCUGAAUGCAGCGUCAGACACGGCGACAUACCGGCAGUGGUCUUCUCGGUCGGCGGCUACACCGGAAACUUCUUCCACGACAUGUCAGACGUGCUGAUCCCACUGUACCUGACUUCAUUCCAGUUCAAAGGGAGGGUGCAGUUCUUCGUCACCGACUACAAGCAGUGGUGGGUCAAGAAGUAUAAACCGAUUCUACAGAGACUGUCGCGCUACGACAUUGUCGAUUUCGACUCGAACGAUGAUGUUCACUGCUUCCACCAUGUGAUCCUUGGACUGCUGAGGGAUAGGGACCUGAUCAUACGCCGGCAUCGUACAAGAAACCCGAAGGGACACUCCAUGGUGGGAUUCAAAAGACUCCUGCGCCGCGCCUACGGUCUCCGAAGGGACAGGCCUCUGGCCCUCGGCGAAAACCCCGGCAAAAAGCCGAGGAUGCUGAUCAUAUCUCGCCGAGGGACACGGAGGCUCCUGAACCUGCACCAGGUGGAGGCUAUGGCGACAUUGGUAGGAUUCGACGUAACGGUCUCCGAGGCCAGGGACAACGGCAUCAAGAGGUUCGCAGAGACGGUGAACUCUUGCGACGUGCUGGUGGCGGUGCACGGUGCUGGCCUGACCAACCAGGUGUUCCUCCCGGCGCGGGCGGUGGUGGUUCAGAUCGUGCCGUGGGGCGGAAUGGAGUGGAUGGCCACCAACUUCUACGGUGAGCCGGCGCGAGGCAUGGGCCUGCGGUACCUCGAGUACCGCAUCACCGGAGAGGAGAACAGCCUAGCCGGGCGAUACCCGAGGGACCAUGCCGUGUUCAGGGACCCCAUGGCCAUCCAUGCACAGGGGUGGAAGGCGCUGGCGGAGGUGGUGAUGACGCAGGACGUGAGCCUCGAUCUUGACAGAUUCAGGCCUACACUCCUACGUGCCCUGGACCUUCUUCAAGAUUAAGUUCAUGUAUCCUUCUUGAUUCUUUUUCUUCCGAGGUAAAUAGAGCGCAUGCAUGCAUGUAUUGGACAGUUUUGUAUAGACUGGAUUACUGUGUUCAUAGUAAUGGAAAUGUUACACGAAAUGGAAUUGAAUAAACCUUUGUUAGGCCAUCA